AUGUCCGACAGCAACAAAAUCUCCGUCACCGUCUGCGGCGACGGAGGCUGCGGCAAAUCCAGCAUCACCCUGCGCCUCGUGCGCUCCGAAUGGACCCAUGAAUACGACCCCACAAUCGAAGACUCCUACUCCGUCACGCGCUCCGUCGACGGCCAAACCUACUCCCUCGCCAUCACCGACACCGCCGGCCAAGAAGAAUACCGCGGCCUGUGGUCCUCGUCGAACCUGCGCUCCGACGCCUUCCUGCUCGUCUACGACAUCACGCAGCCCAGCACGCUCGCGCAGCUCGAGUACUUCAACACGCUGCUGGAGGUGGAGCGCGACACGCGCGCCGAAGCCGGCGCCGUGCUGCCCGUCGUGAUUGUCGCGGGGAAUAAAUGUGAUUUGGCGAGUUUGCGCCAGGUCGGGGCGAGGGAGGGCCUGGAGUGGGCGCGCUGUAGGCAUUAUGGGUUCAUGGAGACGAGUGCGCGCGAGAUGGUGAAUAUUGAAGAGACGUUUGCUCUCCUCAUUCGAAGAGUCGUCGAAGCCCGCCGGCUACAAAGCCAAGGCCACCGAAUGCCCCUGCCCUCCUCCACAGCGCGGACACAGCCUCUCGACCCGCUCCCCAACGGCGACGAGAAAGAAGACGACUUCAUCCCCGGCGAGCGUGUACAGCGGGGAUCGAGAUGGGGCUGGUUACGGAGCCUAAGAUGCUGGUAG